CAAACAAAAUGGGAUUCAUAAUAAGUGUUUGGUAUCGUUGUGCGUGAUGUAUAGGUAACUAAUAGUGAAAUUCCAAAGGCCUGUGAAGUUUUACGUUUUCUCCUGUUAUUAUCGAGUUUCUUUAAGUGUUUUUUUCCGCCGGAAUUUGUUUAAUAUUGCUUUUUGAACUCUAAUAUUUUAUAAUGGCGGAUCACAAUCAUAGCCACAGACACAGUAAUUCUCGGAGCCAAGAAAAAAGAGAACGUUUAAAAUUGAGUUUUGCCAGCUCUUGCAGCAGAAAAAGUUCAUCUCUGUCAAAUUUUUCUAGUUGCCAUCCACCUCCAAUAGAAAGAGGUUGGGUUACUCAUAGCAUUCAGAGUUCUGGAAAACUGAAGAUAUCUCCGGAAGUUACGUAUGAUUUCACAGCUGAUGACUUAAAAGAUCUUGGUGAAAUAGGCCGAGGAGCUUUUGGAACAGUUAACAAAAUGAUACAUAAGAUGAGUGGAACAAUAAUGGCUGUUAAGAGGAUUAGGUCAACUGUUGAUGAAAAAGAGCAGAAACAACUAUUGAUGGAUUUAGAAGUAGUAAUGAAGAGUAAUGACUGUAUAUACAUAGUUCAAUUUUUCGGUGCAAUAUUUAAAGAAGGUGAUUGUUGGAUUUGUAUGGAAUUGAUGGAUACGUCUUUAGAUAAAUUCUACAAGAUAGUUCAUGAAAAGCUCAAUCAGAGCAUACCCGAAUCCUUCCUUGGUAAAGUAACUAUGGCUACAUUGAAAGCAUUAAAUUACUUAAAGGAAAAGCUAAAUAUAAUCCAUAGAGAUGUCAAACCUAGCAACAUUCUCUUGGAUAGAAGAGGAAAUAUAAAGUUAUGUGAUUUUGGUAUCAGUGGUCAGCUGGUAGAUUCAAUUGCUAAAACGAGAGAUGCUGGAUGUCGACCGUACAUGGCUCCUGAAAGAAUUGAUCCAGGUAGAGCUAGAGGAUAUGAUGUGCGAUCUGAUGUGUGGAGCUUGGGAAUAACACUGUUUGAAGUGUCCACUGGUAGGUUUCCUUAUCCUAAAUGGAACAGUGUUUUUGAGCAGCUAACACAGGUUGUUCAAGGUGAUCCACCUCAAAUAAGUCCUAAUGAAAAUGGAAAUAGAUUUACAUUGGAAUUUGUAAAUUUUGUCAAUACAUGUUUAAUCAAAGAAGAACAGCACCGGCCAAAAUAUAAAAAACUUUUGGAGCAUCCGUUUGUUCUUCGCUCAGAAAGAGAAACAGUAAAUUUAGCAGAAUAUAUAGGAAGUGUCCUUGACAGCUAGUUCCAAGAAAGUCUUCUAAAUUGUAAAAUAAACUUUAGUUUUUAUAUUCUAUGCAUUCGU